AGUGCCGCGUCGCUGGCGACCACGACGACGUAAAAAACACGGUCUCUCCCCCUUCUCUCUCUCGCUCACUGACUCUCUCUUGCUCUCUCUCUCUCUCUUUCUCUCUCUGUAAUAUACCGUCGUCGUCUUUCUGACUUUUUCAGCACCCGUUGUCGCGCGGCACACCGUUGUUGUUUCCGAAACAACAAAAAAAAAAACAAAAUCGAACUUGACCGCAGAAGAAUAAAAUGGUAACGAUCGCUCGAUGAUCGUUCGCACGUCAGAUUUGCAGUACUGUUUUUCUUGUUUUUCCUCGUCUCGCGUGUGUGCUGUUUGUUGUUUUUUAUAUGUAUUUACAUGUGUGCGAGACUGCGUACAUAGAGGCGUGAAUUGAACGAUCGUCACCAUCAUCGCCGUCAUCAGCGACGGAUAAGAGAGAGCGUAACGAAGAAACGAUGCUUGGCCAGUGGUCGCCGGCACUGAUCGCGAGACUGACAGCGUCGUCGUCGUCGCCGUCGUCGUCGUCGGCCAGAAUCGCCAAACUUUAUUCAACUUACCAUUGAACGCAAAGUUACCACAAGCGCAAGAACAAGUUAUUGUUUGUUCAUUUGUUGGCGGCUUUCCCGGAAGAUAGAUAAUAAUUGCCACAUAGUGUGUUCGUGUGUUGUGCCGCGCUAAUCCGAGGCAACGAGAGAAGAAGAGCCACGUUCUGCCCGAGUAUAAUGUUAGGCGAGCCGCAACAUCAGGAGGCGGGGAGCAAACGCGGCUCCUAGUUGUUUCGUUGGUCGUUGCCCUCUUGGAUUGCCCCUCGGCAAACUCGCGACAGAAGGGCGCGCUGUCGGUCGCUUCGGGAAGGCAGGCGAGAUCGUGGCCGAGAGGAACGCCAAGCGGACCCGACGAGGAGCGCGGACGAGGAGGUAGAGGGCUGUGUCGCUAAGGCGGCAGCGGACAUGAUUAUUUCAAAGGAUCUGUUCCUGCUCGGCGAUCAAGACUACCUGCGCCUGCCAAGCAACGAGAAGCGCCAGCAGCAGCGGGCAAUGGGACGUCCGAUCAUCAAUGCUCCCAGAGUGGAAAGUUCAGCGCUGCAAUUAGUAUGUCCGUUGGAUUCUCGCCCGGUGCAAUUGGUCUUCCGCAACUUGCAAGUGGUCAAGGACAAGCGAUCCCUGCUGCGCGAUGUGUCGGGCGUGGUCAAGCCGGGCGAGCUGCUCGCCGUCAUGGGACCGUCAGGCUGCGGCAAGUCGACGCUGCUCAACUGCCUGUCCGGUCGGAUCGGCUUGGACGGCGGCGAGAUCUGGCUGAAUCGGGAGAGGCUGACCAAGAGAUGGCGACGGAGGAUCUGCUACGUGCAGCAGCAGGACGUGUUCUUUCCCGAUCUCACCCUGCGACAGACCCUCGAG